AUGAUGACCGUGGACAAGGUGCUUCUUGUCAUCUCAUUGACUCGACUGCGAGCGCAGUCAAGAUUGCCAGCCCGUAUCGACCCGUCAAGCCCCUGA